AUGACUUCAAGUGAGGCGAAAGAUCCGGCAUCCGAUUUGCCCGUCGACCAAAUGAUUAUCAGCACCGCACCACCUGGUUUUCAAACCGAUGUCAACAAUUUCAUGUCCAAUCGAGCACGCGUUGAGACGUCUUUCCCCACGCAAUGGGCUCCAUCGAUGGAAAGUCAAGUCGGAGCCCAGAAUUCUGAUCGUGGCACUCCUCAUCUGCCGGAUGGUUUUGACCUGACUGAUGAUGAUGGUACUGAUUUGACGGCCGGUGGAGCAGUUCGUGGUAUCACUGAUCAUGGAGAGACGGAGACUGAAGCUAAUGCUUCUUUGGCUAACCAUUUUCAAGGUCUUUCUGUCUUCGAUGCAUCUCGGGCAAAUCAUAUAUGGGCUAUCGGUGCAGAACGCAGAGGUCAGACGUCUGUGGAUGAUUUUAAUACCAGUUCUGGAGACGUCACGGGUGUGGGCAUUGGGAAUAUUAAUUCUGCUACGCCUGUGUCAAUUGGAGCUCUGACAACGUCACUUGGAGAUGUGGAUGGUGUUGGAAAAAGCAAGAUGGCUUCUGCCUCUGCACCGGAGUCUAUGCCUGGCAUUGACAUCCAGUCUAUUUGGGAAUCAAAGGGUUAUAAUCGACGUUUGUGGAUAAAUGAUCGUCUGUUCGAUUCAGAGGAUCAACUGAAAAGGGACGCAAAUGAUGACAGCCAAUCGCUGGAUGAGGUUGCAGUUGCUGCAGCUAAACUUGAUAAUAAUGGAGGCGCGUGGGAAUGGGACGAUUCACUGCUUGGUAGUUCAUCCUGGCGAGGUCUUUACGGCGGUAAUGCAACGGAACCUAGGACGUUUAGUCAAGUUGCUGCAGGUGCGGUUCAGCAGCCUUUACCUCCGUCGGGUUUUCCCAGUCUAUGGCAGUCGAAGCCGAAUGCUGGCAACUUUUCUCUGGCUCCGCAGAUGAACAUAAGUGCCAGUUCAAAUGAGGGCCCCGGUGACUUCUGUGUCAGCGAAAAUGCCUUUACAACUGCUGGUAAUCCACUACCUGGUGAAAUUUGUGGAAGCGGCGUUGGCCUUUAUGGCCACCUAGUGGGGAAGAAAGUUAGCGCCAAUAGUGGAAGCAGUUUGUGCGGUAUUCCUUCUGGCCACUCCUUUUUCCAUUUCGAUGGGAACAGUGGAAAGCCUUCUUUCGGAUGCAACAGUGGGUUACCUCCUCAGAUGCCAUCAGGAGUUCCGCCAGUUGCCAAUCUCCCGGAUAAUGCAUCACCCAGCAUUCCUGUGGUCAGCUCUGGUAGUAACGAAGCAGCAGCGGAGGUUGCUUCUGCGGUUCCGCUAGCUGCGCAGCGUUCUGCUCCGUCCACGUCGAUGCCUGUACCAAUGCCCCCUCCUCAGUUUGAUCCAAUGUCGAUGGCCAUGGCCAUGUCGAUGUUCAUGCAGCCUCAUAAUGCUCCUACUCCGCCGUCGCAUUCCAAUUCCAGUGUUUCUCCACCUUCGAGUACAUGGAAUCCCUUAGUCUUCAACAUGUUCAUGCAACAACUUGCUCAGAAUCCAGCAACAGCAGCCUUGGCCGCAUCAAUUACUCCACCUCCUCUGCCUGCGCUUCCACUCCCACCACCUUCACAGGGAGUGCCAAACGCCGCAUCGCAAGCGCAGUCCCAGACACAGCCAACACCUGAUUUGACACCUGAUCAUGCCCGUCUUGUUGCCUACCUUAUACUUCAAAUGCAAAAUCAGCUAUUUUUCAAUCAACAGCAACAACAACAGCCACAGCAGCCUAAUUCGCCUAAUCAGCAGCAGCACUUUGCUCUUCAGCCUUUCCAAGCGGCCACAGUUGCAGGAAUGAGAGGGGCUGGUGGCGCUGGACAAGUGGGUGCCCCCCUUCCGCCACAACAGAGUGCAAUUACUCCGUAUGGUUUGCCGCAGAUAGGCAUUUUGCCGCCUACGGCAUCUCCACAUCCAGGAGGGUCGGCACUGUUCCCACCGGGAGCAAACGUAUCGGCAACCUCAGGAAGUCAGGCUGGCCCGUCAGCACCACCCCCUCCACCUCCACCAGGCUUUGCUCGUGUCGUUAAUACUGCGAAAAACUUUACCCCUACCGCCUCCGGUUACUCAGCUAUUGAGGGUGGUCCUUCUCCAGUAGCUAACACCGCUGGGGUUACUGUUAGCAGAAGCCAGUUGCUGGAAGAAUUUCGAAAUUCGACUGCUCGUUUCCAGCACAUCCAACUCUCUGAGCUUCGUGAUCACAUUGUUGAGUUCGCUCGUGAUCAGCACGGAUCACGAUUUAUUCAGCAGAAGUUGGAAACAGCUACUGUUGACGAAAAAAAUAUUGUCUUUUCCGAAAUUCUCCCUCAAGCGGGCAAGCUGAUGGUCGACGUUUUCGGAAACUAUGUCAUACAGAAGUUCUUUGAAUUUGGAACUGAUAAUCAAAAGGAGCUUCUUUCUCAGUGCCUACACGGCCACGUUGUGGAGUUUGCGGUACAAAUGUAUGGCUGUCGAGUUAUUCAGAAGGCUCUUGAAUCGGUUCCACUAGAGUCCAAAAUCCGUAUCAUUAGCGAACUUCGUCCUCAUGUGAUGCGUUGUGUGAAGGAUCAGAACGGCAACCAUGUGAUUCAAAAAUGCAUCGAAUGUGUUCCCUCGGCUGAGCUGGAUUUCAUCAUAACUACGUUCCGCAGUCAGGUUUAUACUUUGUCGUCACAUCCCUAUGGUUGUCGAGUUAUCCAACGCAUUCUGGAGCACUGCUCAACUGAACAAACUCGAGUAAUUCUGGAUGAGCUACAUCAGAGUGUCGAUAACUUGGUCAACGACCAGUAUGGCAAUUAUGUGGUACAGCAUGUUCUGGAGCACGGUUCGCAGGAUGAUAAGUCCCGUAUAAUCAACAGUUUGCGUGGUCGCGUAGCCACCCUCUCGGAGCACAAAUUUGCAUCAAACGUUAUGGAGAAGGCAAUCGCCAACGCUACGCCUGCUGAGCGCUCGGCCCUCAUAAACGAGGUGCUGUUGUCUGCAGAUGGCACGGAUAGCGGGUCUGGAGGUGUCUUAGUCGAUAUGAUGAAGGACCAAUUCGCUAACUACGUAGUUCAGCGCAUGCUUGAGCUGGCCGAUAAGCAGCAGCGAAACAGUCUUAUAACUCGUAUUCGCCCCCUUGUUGGCACGCUGCGCAAGUACAACUACGGAAAGCACAUUAUUACAAAACUCGAGAAGUAUGGAGCAGGUGGUAGUAACUGUAGUUCAAGUGGGAGUGGCAAAGUCGGCCUCAUCUCUCCUGCUGGCGCGUCGAACGACCACCUAAAAUCGGUGUAG